AAUUUUGCAAUUUUAGUAUUGGUCUAUUUCUCAAUCUCAAAAUCAUAUUCAAAUUUCUUGUUGGUUCAUACAAAGUCAUUUGUUUCAUUUCUCCAACAAAAUUUUCUUGAUUAUAAAAGAUUGAUGAAAAAAUAAUAUUAAAAUACGAUGAAUUCAUCGUCGAAAGGAUUGGAAUGGAAAGAAUGGUUACAAGGAUGGCUUCGUUUAACAUAUGAGACACUGUUUCAGAAAAUUCAUGCUAAACAUUUACAAGAACCUUUGCCUUUACCUCCUCUCAAUGGCCUAAAUUGCAUUGUCACAGGAGCCACUAGUGGCAUUGGACUUGAAAUUGCUAAACAAUUGGCUGAGUCAGGUGCACAUCUUGUUAUGGCUGUAAGAAACACAAAUCUUGCUCAUCAACUCAUUGAAAAAUGGCAAAGAAAUGAAACUGUAUCGAGGCCCUUAAGCAUCGAUGUUAUAGAACUUGAUCUCUUUUAUCUCGAGUCAGUUGUAAAAUUUGCAAAAGAAUGGAAUUCGAGAUCAAAACCUCUUCAUAUUCUCAUCAAUAAUGCUGGAAUCUAUUCUAUAGGACAACCACAAAAAUUUACCAAAGACGGAUAUGAAACACAUAUACAAGUGAACCAUCUUGCACCUGCAUUACUAUCUCUUCUGCUUUUGCCUUCUUUGAAAAGAGGCUCUCCAAGCAGGAUUAUCAAUAUGAAUUCCCUUAUGCAUGUAAUUGGCGUUGUGGAUCCUCAAGAUAUGAAUUUCUUAACCAAGAAGAAUAAGUUCACAAGUAGAAAGGCAUACUCGAGUAGCAAAUUGGCACAAAUGAAGUUUAGCAGUAUACUUCAAAAACUCCUAAUUAAUACUAAUAUUCAUGUAAUGUGUGUAGAGCCAGGAGCUGUACGUACAAAUGUUACGCGAGAUCUUCCAAGAAUUCUGAACAUUCUUUAUCAGAAAAUGUUCUUUUUCAUGUUCGAUGCUCAACAGGGUUCAAGAAGUGCACUUUUUGCAGCUACUGAUGCUGAGAUCUUGGAUUAUUGUGGUGUGUUGAAAGCAGAAGGGUGUAUUGGUUGUGCCUUCAUUGGUUGCCAUUGUAGAAUUAGUGAACCUAGCAAACAAGUAGAUAAUGAGAGAACCUCUUUUGAAAUAUGGGAUAAGACUAUGGAAAUGGUUGGUCUUCCUGCAGGGUGUGUUGACAUGAUUCUUCAAGGUGAAGAAAUUCAUUGCCGCUAUGGAGCUGUUAAUGAUCGUUAAGUCUGGCCUAUACAGAAAGUUUUGCUCUUCUAGUAUAAUUUUUCAAUGAAAGAGAUACAAUUGAACUCACUUAUCGAACUUCUAUAGUGACUAUUUUGUAUGUUGUUUAGUCAUACAUAUUCAAAAUUCUUCUGAACGAAACAUGUAAAGUUUUUUUUUAGGGAAGAAACAGUUACUUAUGAGAUGUAGCUUUAUGUUAAUUAGGUUUCAUAUUGAUUGACAAUACCAAGACAUGCAAUAAUGUUAUAUGGUAUGAUUUUCUUAAAUUUAAUUAAGCAUACUUUAGUAGCAGAAAAGGUUAAACUCAAACUCAUUAAUUGUGGAAACUCUAUCCAAUAAUUUUCUUCCAUACUUAAGCUAUCAUCAAAUGCUUAUUGAAACGCACCCUACUCUAUCACCGAUGUCUACUAUGUACUGAUCAAAAGUGAUAAGAACUCUAACAUCACAACUAAUACGUCUCUAAUGAAACACAAAAUUCAAAGUUACCAUAAGAUUCUAUCAUACAGCAGUUUUACCUCAUCUUUGUACUAAUUCUGAACAUGAGAUAUAUGAGUUAAACUACGACAAAUGUAAUAACGCCAUGUAAUCAACAUGAUCAAAUCAAAUUUCACCUCAGAUUCCUGAUAUCAUUCUUGCAAAAUGUUACCAGAACAGAUUAUAAUCGAAUUGGUUCAUUCAUAGGGAUCCAAAAGACCUAUAAAGUUCAAGAAGCCGUGCAUAACCAGAAUCACAAAUGACUACAAAUUGAAAUUUAUCAAAAUCUGGUUUUAUAACAAUCAAGAAUUUUCAUGUCACAACCAAAAACAA